UCCAAAAACCCUAUUGAGUCAGCGCACACACAAGCGCCGCCGACACUAGUGAACCCCACCGCCGCCGAAAUCGCGCGUUCCGCUUCGCCGCCGACACCAACCGCCGUCGCCAGCGAAAUCCCACUCCGUCUCCUUCCGACGCAAUGUCUGGAUCUGGGGAGCGUCGAUCAGACAGCUCCGGCAACAGCAAGUCGUCCGGAAACUCGGGGAAAGGCUCUGGAAGCAAGUCCACUGCCACGAGCAAGGAGACCCUGUUCAGGCUGGGCGCCAAGCCAUAUCUUCUUCCGUAUAUGAAGAAACGGGCUGAAGCUGCUGAAGCUGCUGCCACGUCAAUCCCCUCUCGGCCGCAUGUGCCGGCUGCUGGGGAAUUCCCCGAGCUCAAAGAUACUCUGGGGCUUUCCAGUGGCUCUGCUAAGAAGAAGCAGCAGUAGCAUCAGAGGACUGCGGCUGCGCCUCCAGAUCUUAUCAAGCCUCCAGAGGUUGAUGAGGUUGAUGUGCUUGCCUGGCUUGCUGCCUCUGGUGCGCCCCAAGAUUCGAAUCCGCCUCCCCGGAUGAAUGAUAUGGCCCGUGAUGCCUAUGCCGCCCUUUCUGCGGAGAAGGACCCGCUCAAGCAGAAGUGCUUGAAACUACUUCUGACCCAUGACAUCAGAGGAACCCGAAGUUUCUACCAAUACAAGGCAUUUGAGCUUGUCCCGAGCCGUUCUUCAGUUUUUAAAAUUGACUUUGAACAUGUGCUCCAAGAGGGUUAUCUCGACGUUGCCAUAAAGAUUUGGGAGGACAACGAAGCUGGUAACGGUUUUGGUUACCUAAGGAAAACUGCUGUGGAUUUCCUGAAGACGCAGUGUUUGUUUGAGAAAGAAGUCAUAGAUGUUGUAGACAUUGGCUAUGAUCAUUUCCCAUUGGUCAUGCAACCAUUCUCAAAGUACAAGCCUGAAGAACUGAUGAAAGAAGACAACAGUCUGUUUGGUCAAUCGAAUAAUCUUGUCAAUGCAAGAUUUCGUGGGAGGCAGAUCAUCAUAAGCGCCCACGAGCAUGCUCGCGAGAAUCAUGCCGCUGGAAGAACCUGGGGUGGUCAUUUUGAUGCCAGUAAAAUUUACAUAAUAGAGUUCAGCUGCCAUAAAAUUUGGUGUCGGAUCCUAGCAACAACUACUGAGUUCACUCCAGCAAAUCAAGUGCUAGAUGUGAAGCAGAUCCAUAAAUCAAUGGCUGGGCAAUAUGAAAUCAAUGGGAGCUCUCCACCGCAUUUUGAAUGCCUUCAAGUUGACAUCGAUGGCCUGAAUGCCAACAGUGCUGUAAACACCUCAAUUAUGGAGUACUUUCCAUACCAUGUCGCUUUCAUGCCAGACGGCGCGAACAAGCAUUUCACGGAGGAGCUGCACAAUAUCACCGAGGGCGUUUGGAUGGAUGUCGACGACUUGAAAGUGUAUAACCACAUCUUUGAGUCGGAACUAACUGAUGUAUCUGAUUGGAGAGAUGAUUACAGCUCCUUAGCUGAUCCAGUCCUAAGAGGAGUCUAUAAUUAUGAACAUACAGCUCUUGAGAUGUCGCAGGGUCAGAGAAUACAGCAGAAUUUAGCUCAGCCACAGCAGGCCCAGGUUGAGCUGGUUAUGCCACAGCAGGUCCAAGAGACAGUGCGGCAGCAGUUCCAUGUGGGCUUGGUUCAGCCACAGCAAGCUGAGUAUGAGUUGGGUAUGUCACAGCAGGUCGAGCCAGUGAAUCAGCGGCAGCAGGCCCAGGUGGGCUUGGUCCAGCAGAUAGUGACCACCGUGGAGGGCACAUCAGAAGCGAGCACGUCAGCUGGAAAAUCAAAAAGAUUCAAGCGCACGUUGAAAGGGAAGCUGACCUGCAAACGACACCUGCUUGUGCAUGUGCGCAGCUACAUGGUUGGUAAAAGGCCACUGGUGGGUUUAUUUCAAGCUGAAACCUAUGCGGCAAAGCGUAAUCCUGUGCUUGGAGAAAUUUUCAGCCUUCUAUUCAAGGGGAAAACCAUGCAUUUGGGUGGCCACCUUGCCCCUCUCUUGGUGUUGUACCGUGCCUUGAGGGAUACUGAUGAGGAACGUCAAGUCUGUCAAGUGAGAUGAUGAGGAUGGCUGAAGGGUGUAAAUGGAAGCAGUGCUGCAAUAGGAGGGAUGCCAAGGUUGAAUGAGAUGUGGAGCCUGUGGGCUGGUGAACAGAGGACUCAGUAGCUAAUGUAGAGGUGUAGACUUAGGGCUGGUGUUAACGUGUCCUUCUAUUUUGUUAGACUUGUGGCUUGUAUAGCCUGUUGUGUUUUAUGAGUUCCAUUCUGCCUAGAACUUCUGACAUAGGAUUCGCCUGUCCUGAAUGAUGUCUUUCGACUGAAUCAUGCCUUUGAGGUCCUGUAUGUGGGUCUGCUUGUCCUGUAUGUGGAUCUGCUUCUCCUGAAUGAGGCCUUGUCCUCACUUUGUGAUUGUCUUUGAGGCUUGAA